AUGUAAAACAAUUACGAUCAACUUUUAGAAGAAACCAAAACAAAAAUUUUAUCUAUUGUCGAACUCAAACCAGAAAACCAAUGGACUUUGGAUACUAAUAAAGAUGGAUAUAUAAUUUAUACAAGAAAUAAUCCUGAAAAUGGUCUAAAGAUAAAUAGAACAGAAACAAAUGCUGCAGUAGAUCCAGAAGAGUUUGUUAAUUUUGUAAUUGAUAUGACUAGAAAGAAAGAGUAUGAUUCUAAUUUUUUAGAAGUAAUAAUAAAUAUUAAUGUUUAAUAGGGAAGAUUGAUUGAAAAAUUGGAUUAAAAUACAUUUAUAUUUUAUGCAAGAGGAAAACCUCCAACUUUUUUUAUUGAUGCUAGAGAUUUCUGUUUAUUAAGUAGAGUAUACAAAUUAGGUGAUGAUCAUUAUAUGACAAUUAGUAUAAAAUUAAAUCUAAUAAAUUAGCAAAAUCAAUUGAACAUCCUUAAGUACCAGUAGUCAAAGGAGUUUAAAGAGGAGAGAUUGUAUUUUCAGCUUGGAUUGUAAAAAAGUAACCAAAUGGAUAAACAAAUAUAAUAAUAAUUGGUAAUAUGAAUCCAAAAGGUGAUAUUCCUAAAGCCAUAAUUAAUUAAGGUGCUAAAUUCUAAGCUGAAGGAGUUAAGAAAGCUGUUGAAUAUUUGACUAAGAACAAAAAAAAAUGA